CAAAGAGGAUGUUUGGACAGGUUAGAUCAUUAGUUUGUUGUGACUAAAAUUCACUGAAUUCCAAAUGAAGUUUUUCCCUGCGUCUAAUGUGCCCAUUUGGGGAGGUUUUUGUGGAGCAAGUCAAACCUUACGCCAUGGAGUUUAAGAGCCUGACAGCAUUGGCACAAAAUAUCUAACUGCCCAAGCCAUGUGAGGCUCUCCCCAGGGCUCCCCUUUAGAAGCGGUCAUAAGCAUGUCUUCAGACCAAAUCACGUUAAAAAAGGAAAGGACUUAUGUAUACAAUCUACUUUUUUAAAGUGAUGGUUUCAUGGCUGGUAUUUAAAGAAUGCAACUAUGUCAUUUUGUUUAAAAAAAUACUAUGGAUUUUUGACACCGAAUUAGAGAGGUGUAUAGACAUGCCCAGAGACAGGAAUACAAAUUUGGGAAGCAGACAGCUCUGGAAUCCCUUUGGGUUGUGGUGUGGGUGGAGGGGCUGGGAGAACCUUUAUCUAGUUUAGCAGGAGCCUUGGUUCUCUCUGACCCUGAGAGCCAAGGACAGAACAUAGAGAGUGGCAAAGCAAUGCAUCUUUUCCCUCCCAAGGAGUUUGAACACUGAACUUUAAAAAGUCUUUCUAUCAUAUACCAGCAAUAUUUUUUUGUUAGCCCACACACUGUAAGUUGUGUGGAGAAGCUGUCUCACUAAGAAGUAUUACUGAGAUAACCAAAAUGGCUAAUGCUGAGUCUAGAUCGCCUGGUAAGUGACGGACUACGUGACUCACAUGUCAGUGGUACCCAGCGUGGUGUGUCGGCAUUACCCUCAGACUCGGGGCCCGGGGCUGGAUGUGGAAGGUCAGGCCUCCGGAGGGACGGUAUCUGCAUGGAGGGAACCACUGAGACCAGCAGGCGGGGUGCCCAGUCCAUCUGGAGGCCUGACGCUUCUCGCUGAGCGAGGUGUGGGGCCGUCGCUAUAGGCUGCCACAGAUGCCCCUGCAGAUCCUCAGCUGCAGACCCGGGGUUCCUCCAGGGGCAGCCAGAGUCAGUCCCUGAUGCCUGCCUGCUGCUUCACCUCCCGCGGGGUCCCGGGAGGGUCGUGGCGAGGCAUCCUGCCUUCGUCCUUGUUUCCCCACCUGUCGCUGACUUACCUUGUGUGACAGGCCCCCCGAUUUCCCCAUUCCCCGCCUCAGGUUUCUUUUGGGGGAAAUGCAGUGCCUGGCCGCCCGGGUCUUUUGGGCCAUGGUGUGAGCUUGUUUCUGGGUCACUCCUCUCUUGGUUGGCCUCAGUCUCCCACGCUGCUCCGGCACAUGCUCUCUCAUCUGGCUAAGGUUUUUAAAAAUUACAAAGAUAAAAAAAAAAAUUUUGCCACUCUGAAUGAGUUGCAGCUGAAAUCGUUUGAGCCACUGGAUCUAGCUCUUAGUUUGGAUUCAUUUCGGCAAACUCCCAUAAUUCAACGUACUUGUUUACAAGUGUGACAACACAUUAACAAACAUGGCGCACUCUCAGUUGUAUAAAGUGAAUUAAAGAGUAAGCAAAGUGACAUGGGAAAUAUUUGCAAAUGUCACAUUAAUUAAAAAAUAUGUACAGUUGAUUUUGUUUUAUUUUUAAAAUGGACAUUCUUCACUGUUUACAGACCUCUGUGUGUAUAUUUUAAUAUCCUUUUUGUUUGUUUGUUUUUGCCAAAUAAGAUGUUAUUUUUGUCCUCUCUUCAUUGAGGCUAUUUUUAAAUACAACCAAUCAGGCCCUAAGUGCAAAAAAAUUCUGUCUUGGUGCUUAUCACUGGUAUAAUUAUUAUUUUUCCUUUCCUAACUGCUCUUAGGAGCAUAAAUCUAUAGCUUUAUGGUAAUGGAAUAUUUUUAGUCAGAGUCAAAAAAUGUUUUUACAUUGUACAAGUGAAAAUUGUUUUCAGGGUUAAAUUAUUGGUAUUAAUGUAUAUAGAGUAAAAUUAUUGCAAAAUUUUAAAAUGGUCUUUCUUAACUUGGUGUUCUUUUUAAAAUACCCUGAAAAAUAAAUGAUAAUGAUAAACUUUUAGAAUAAAUCAGUAUGUUAAGAUUUUUUUCUUUUAGAUUUUAUAAUCAAGAGUUGAUUAUAAAUGUUUAUGAUCUCAAGCUCUUACUGUUUUAGUUUUUAAAAAAUGGGAAAUGGCUCACGAACCAUUUUUAAAAAAUUCUCUAUGUGAAUUCCUCUGUUGAUUGACCAUAUGUAUUCAUGUGAAUGUGGUGUCUCUUGUUCCCUGUUAUCAGACUAAUCUGACCAGAUGUGGGUUCAGCGUGUCAUCAUCCGCAUUCCGAAACCCUUAAAUGCUUCUCCUUUGCUCACCAGCCGCAGAGGUUUUGAGUGGGUGCAGCAGGGUCACAACUCACCAGCGGUUAGAUUUUGAAGCUUGAGCCCCUCACAAGAUGAAAUUGAGCCUGCUCAAGGGCAUCCUCGAAAAUCUCUUCAGUUGCCAGUGAAGUUCUCUAUACAGUCUUAUAGUUAGAAUGCCUGGAGAGCCAUACAUGGCUAUGAAUAUUUUAUGAGUGUAGUAUGGUUAAAUUUAUGUAAACUUAUUGCUGAUCCCGUAAGAUAGAUCUAGAGCGUAAGCUCUACAAAGGCAGAGAUUUUUAUCUGGUUUGUUCAUGGAUGUGUUCCUGGAGCCUGGAACAGGGCGUAGCACGCACCCUAAGAAAACAGAGAAAUCGGCUUUCAAGUUCAAGGAUUGUGAUAUAAUAGUUGGAGUUCCACUGGCCUAGGUGUUUUUGGAAAAAAAAAGAACUUGCAAUUUGGAUGUAGGAAAGGUCAUGAGGAGACGGAGGACCCUGGAUUCUGCUGAUCAGAAUGAAACAAAUGUUGAAAGACUUUUCAAAUCUAUUGAUGGUGGUGCUUUGUGACUAUGUUCUGGGAGAAGCCAACUACCUCCUCCUGGCAGGGCCGGGCCACGUAGCUCUCAGCAACGCCACGGUGCAUCUGGGCUUCCAGUAUCUCGGCGUUGCCAACGCGACGCGGAGGAACGUGUCUGUCCAGCUGCUGGAAGCCAGCACCAACCAGACCCUCGCCACCAAGCACCUCCCGACCAACCAGGCCCAGGGGACGCUGGAGUUCGAGUGCUUCCACUUCCGGGCGGCGGGGGACUACUGGUUCGCCACCGCCCCGGAUGGGACCGGCAGCGGCGGCCCAGCCCCGACGGGGAGGGCCCUUCUGAAGGCGGAGUGGCCCGCCUUCCGCGUUGCCCUGAACAGGACCUCCAGGGCGGCAGGCAGUGCCUUCCAGGUGGGCCUUUUCACCAGCCAGCCGCUGUGCGCCUUUCCCGCGGACAAGCCUGACCUCCUGGUGGACGUCGUGCUCACCGACAGCCGCCCCGAGGCGAGAGCGGGCCCGGGGCCGCCCCUGGAGGUCAGGGCCCGCAGGCGGACGCAGCUCUCUGCAGGGCAGUGGGUUGAGUUUGGCUGCGCGCCCGUGGGGCCGGAAGCCCGCGUCACCGUCGUGCUGAGGCUGUUCGGCCGAGACUCGGUCAUCACCGCCAGCGGCCCCGUCGGCCUGGCCCAGAGAUUCGGCUACGAGCUGGUGCUGGCGCCCGAAGUCACGUGCGAGUCCAGCCUGGAGGUAGCGGUGCUGCCCCCGCCCUGCAUCCCGGUGCACGGGGUGGUCGCCGUCUUCAAGGAGGCCCCCGGACGGCCCGGGGAGAGGCGCGCGAGGCUGGCUGAGCGCGGCCUGGCCUUGGGGGAGAGGACAGCCGUGUUCAGCUGCGCCCUGUUCGACGUGGGGAGGAAUAAGUACUGCUUCAGCUUCGGCGCUGCGCGCGGGAGCCAGGUUCCCCCAAAGGACGCGGACUGCACGCUCAUCCAGAGGAACAUAGAGACUUGGGGACUGUGGCAGCCGUGGAGCCAGUGUAGUGCCACGUGUGGGGACGGCGUCCGAGAGCGUCGCCGCACGUGCCUGAGCCCCUUCCCCUCCAGACCUGGCUGCCCUGGGACGCCCUCGGAGGCCUCUCCGUGCUCCCUGGAGGACUGCGCCGCUCUCCGGCCGUCCAGCCCGCGCCCGCGCCCGCCGCCGCGGCCCGCCAAGUCCAGCGACGUGGUGCCGGUCGCGGGGAUCUCGCUGUGCCUGUGCGUCGUGGCGGCCACCGUGCUGCUCGCGCUGUGGCGCAGGCUGGGCCGCACCCCCGCCUGCGGCGCACCCGCGCGGCCCGGCUCCCUGGGCGCCCCCGGCUGCCGGAAGAACUCCGACGAGGAGAAUAUCUGCGAGCCGAGCGAGCGGCGCGGCAGCUCCUCGGACGCGGGCGAGGGCCCGGGGGGCGCGGGCAUCCCGCUGACCUGCCGGCGGCCCGAGGACGACGGCCCCCCGGGCGCGCAGCGCAUCGCCCCGCCGCUGUUCAGCUACCGCCUGGCGCAGCAGCAGCUCAAGGAGAUGCGGCGGCGGGGGCUCACCGAGGCCACCACGCUGUACCGCGUGUCGCGGGGCCCGCGCGCCGACACCGCCGAGGGCGCGCCCUUCCGGAGGACGGCCAGCCUCCACGAGGCCCGGCGGCCGCGGCCGUUCCGCGAGCGCAGCCUGUCCUCCCUGGGGCCGCGGGCCCGGGACGCGGCGGAGGACGGGCCGCCGGGCGCAGGCGCGGCCGCGGGGGAGCGAGCGCGGGGCGGCCCCUCGCCCCCGGGGCCCCGGGCCGGCGCCUGCCAGGCGCGCAGGGGGCGGCGGCGGAGCUUCCCCGCGCGGCCCGGGCCCGCCUUCUACGACAACUCGUCCUUCGGCCUCCCCGACGCCGGGCGGCGCGCGCCGGGGCCCCCGGGGCCCCCCGAGGAGGCGGCCGCCGGCAGCGCGCUCGGCACGGAGAGGCUGGGCAUCUAGCCGUGCCGCGGGCCCGUCUGCAGGGGCGACGCCGCGGUCCGACCCGCUCUCCGCACUGCAGGCGCGGCCUCCAACGUGUAGGCAGCCCCGACGGUGGUGCGGGCCGGGGCGAGGUGACCCUGCCGGCGCUACUCAGAAGUGAGGUGAACUAAGUUACCAGCACUGAGGAAUUCGACUUCUCCCGGGGCAGGAGUGAGCAGGGUGCCCGUGCGCUGAUGAGGCCAGUUAGGACUGUUACCCCCAGAAAGUGUUGGGUGGGGGGGGGUACCGCAAGAUAUUCCAGGAGACCCCCUGGGCCAGAGUUGGGUGAUAGCUUAAUGUUUUUUAUACCACGAAGAAUUCUGGUGAGUUGACACAAAAUUAUGUGAGUUGAUUCUGCCUUGGAGAAAUAAUGUAAGAAACUGAUCAUUCAGGUAGUCAAAUGAAGACCUGGCCAUAUAUCCAUCAUCAUUCUGAGAAAAAAAUAAACAGUUCGGAAAGGAAGGUAUCGUCUCCUGAGAGAGAAUGGACUGUGGAUGCUGGCCAGGACGCUGCCGGCUUGGGACACUGCCUGUACUGGACCACACUGACCCCCACAGCCCCAGAGGGGGCCAUGCAGAAACUGGUGUAUGUUUCUAAAGCUUAUCAUGUUACUCAGAAAGUAUGUGAAUUAAUCUCAGGUACACAAAAAGCAGGUAGACUAGAUUAUGAUUUUGCAGCUUAAGCUUUUUUAGUUGGAAGAAAGGAGGUAAAGAGGAAAACAGAAGUCUUUUAGAAACUUAGAAUCACUUUUGUUUUCUGAUUCCAUCUGCCUACCACAUUUUGCAACUGAAUAAUUUUUGAGGCCCAGGAUGGGAAUGAACUCCUACAGGGUUACAUGGACAUGGACUCAAAUUUUUAUUCUAAUUACCAGACUCUUUGCAUUCAUUUAUCACAGCUUUUACGAAUCUUCUCUAACAGCAAAAACUUCAGGAGAAAGAUGGCCCUUCUUGCAAUAAUAGGUCAGACAGAGACAUACUUUUACCAAAGGGAGGAAGCUUUCUGUUGUCUGGUUAGGGCUGGCCUUGCAGCUUGCUUUGUUUGGAAGUGGGGGCUAGACAAAGAACCCGAAGGCCGGGCUCCUUCACUGGGAGGCUGUCAUCAGGUGCCCUGUGGGCACUCUGCAAUCUGUGUGCUUCCUUCCAGCCCUCGAACCCAAGGCCUUAUCUGCAUACACUUGAGAAGCUGCGCUUUCCUUCUUGCUGGUCAUGACCUCCCGAGCUGCCGCACCCACCCUGCCUGUCAGACGGUUUUCCUUCUUCCUUUUAGAGUUUAUUAGGAUGUCAGUCUGCUGGCGUGAUUUCAGGGACCGUUGGAGAGAGAGGAAUUAGAUGGGACGAAAAAAAAUCACAAAUGCAAAUACUGUACUUUUAAAAGUUCCUCUUCUAUUUAUUGCAUUACCACUUCAUUUAUGCUGUUAUUAUUGAAAAUUAAAACAUACUUCCUUUCUGGAACAGGAGGAAUCGAUUUUUCAGUGGUGUCUGACAGCUGGUGUGUGCAGAUGCAAAGAAGAGAAACCAGACUUUUUCAUCUCCAUUUUCUUAGUUUAUUAUACUAGACAGCUUUGUACCCUUCACAAGGUCACAGGCUUGUGUACCAACCUUGGAAGACAAAGGAUACACACUCAGCUGCUCCGUGCUUCACAGUGAGUUUCUGUGCAGUGUCAGAUCGCUACCAAAGCGGCCACAGGGAAGGUGAAAGUUAGAGAAAAAGCUAUGAAGAGAAGACGGAAGACAGUGACGCUCUGUAUAUGAACUGGCUGUCUCCACGCUGCUCCUCAGCUGUGGUGCCGAGAACCCUGCCGUCUGGGUGUCCAGUCACAGGCAGCACCAAAGCCGGCCAACACCUGACCAGAGGGGACUUUAUCUAAGAUACUAAAGUACUGAGAAAACCUGGGCAGGUGGAGGUGUCAUUCACCCCGGCAGGAAGCCAUGUGCAUCCCAGCAUUUGAGAGGGCUCAGCGCAGUGCUCAGGUCUUGGAAUAUUCACCCUAAAUUGAAGCCUGCCAGUCAGCAAGCCCCACACAUGUGCUUAGAGUUCCUAGUCAGCCUUUUUCCUCUUUCAUUCUUAAGAAUUGCCUGACAAUUGAGAAUCACCAAACAUUUGAGAAAAGCCUACAAUAUCGUGAAGAAAAACAGAAAAAAUAACCCCAGGGGAAACGUAUAAUUCAGGGAAUACAAAAAGAGUCAAAUAAAAACCCUACAAAAUUAAGUAUUUAUCACUAGAGAGAUGCAAAAUGAUAUUACAUCUGUUAAACAAGAACAUGAUGCUAUAAAAAGGGGGAGUCAGAAAAUGGGACAGAACCCUUGGAAAUGAGAUAUUCAAUAGAAGAUUUUAAGAUAAAGCAGAGGAAAUAACCCCAAAACUGGAGCAAAAGUAUGUAAGAUAUGAGAAUAUAAAACACAAAACACACAACCCAGAGGCAGUGCAAACAGAAACUAAUAAAAAUUCCAGAAAGAACAGAGAAAUGGAGGGGAGAAAGAUACUAAAGUGAUAAUACAAUGAGAAUUUCCAUGACUAAAAUGUGAGCUUUCGAUUAAAAAGAGCCUCCUGAGUUUGAUUAGAGCGAAUGGAAAAGGCCCUGCACAUUUGAAAGUUUUGGAAACACGUUAUACAGAGAAAAUCCUAACAGCUUUCCCAGGGUGGGGAAAUACCAAUCCCUGUAAGAAACAAGAAUCAUAUUGGCAUCGGUUUUCUCAGCUGCACUAGAGACAGUUGCACAAUAGCUUCAAAAUUCUGGGGGAAAGUGAUUUUCAACUUGGGAAAACUGCACACUCAAAUUACUUGUGAGGGCAAAACAAGACUGUCAGACACGCAAAGACACUAAAAUCUUAACUUGCCAUACACCUUUGCUCAGGGAAUUAUCUGGGCAGGAACGCCUUCAGUAAAACAACGAAGGAAGACGUGCUAUUCAGGAAACAGCAGGUGUGACCGAGAAUAUCAGCUAUGUGCCAUUGCAUAUUUAAGCAAGAAUAGGGCUUCAGGAAGGAAAGGAAUUUCAAAGAACAUAGAAUUGGAAGAACUUGAAGACACAUGAUAUGGGCAUGGAAUUCGUGAAAAGAAGAAAAGCAAGUAGAAAUUAAAAAAGAAAGCCCCAAUAAAAAUAUGAACCAGGUUAGACUAGGAUGUCAAAUGGGCUUCAAGCAGAAAAAAAGUAAGGAUUCCGAGCAACAGAUAGAAUGAGCAAGAUGGCACAGGCUUCUCCUGUUUGAACAAGAAAAGAAAACAGUAGGAAAAAAAGAAUACCUAACCAUGGUUUUGAGCAAUUGAGCAGCAUCGGGUUGUGACACAUCACAGAGAAGGAAGCAGUCCUUGGCUUUGGUGUGAAGGAAAGUUUUCAUAAACAUAAUUGCUUAAUGCUGUUUAUUGGCGUCCAGCAGACUCUAACCUGAGCACAAAGUGCGGAAGGCUUAAUUGUGGCUACAGAUGGAAUGUAAAUGUCCUGUUUCAGAAACCGAGGAGAGCACAGCUUUAUGGCUUUAUGAGAAGCUGAGGUAGAAGCAGAGAUGGGGAGCCUGGGGGAAAUAGGGGCGCAGAUAUCCUCCUCUCACAGACGGAGAUCCAAGGGACGUGGUGUCCAUCUGAGAGCCUGGAAACGAGCACGAGGAGACGGAAGCUGCAGACGUGGGCAACAGAACUGACUCGUGGAAUGUCUGUCAUGUGUGCCCGGGCGAUGCCCACUAAGCCGUGUCUGUCUGUCCUUGCAAGAGUCAGUCAGUGGUGUCUUCAAAUAGCACUCGGUCAUGUACGCAGUUGGAGAGCAUCAGCAGGUCGAAAAGUCAGGAAGCCAGAACUGCCCUUGCAAAGUGGGACCGAGGCCGGAAAGUAAAAAGCAAAGAACUACUGCUUUUCAUUGUAGGUCCUCCUGUACUGUUUGCCCACCCUGCUUUUCAAUCUCUGAUGAGACCGAACCAAACAGCAAUCCCACCUAACAGGGUUACGGUGAGGGUCUGGGUGACUGUCACUCAUGCCUGGAAAUGUAAUCAGUGAGCCAUCUUGUGGCCGUUAUCGGAGCAUUUGUGCUGGUGUUGACUGGACGUCCAACCUCCCUUCCUGUGUUUUCGUUCCUCCCUGGGGACCCUGGAUGGCUCAUGUCCCCAGCUGCCUUGUCAUGCCUGCUGUUUCUCCUGGCAUCUGGCUGUGAGAAUGUUUCUACUCACUGCCCACCUCUUCUCCGGAUGCCACCCCCGCUGCAGUUGGGUGACCCUGACCCUGGAGUUACUAUCGUUUCUCCCUUAACUGAAGCCAAAAUGCACAAGCCAUGUUCUGUUGUUAUUAAUUAAUAUAAAUUUAUUUUAUAAGUUCAUGUGCAUGCACUUAAAACCUUAAUAUUUAUCAUAUAAUCACAUAAUUUACUCAAGUAAAAAUAUAGCUCAUACAAAACCUUGUAUCAGUUUUUCCUGCUUCUGAGCUUUGCACUGUAGAACUGCUUUAAAAAUAACCUUUCCUUAAAAAUAAACUAUAUAUGCUCAUUGUAGAACAUUUGAAAAAUAGAUAUAUUCUGUGUUUCUCUUCAUCAGCUUGGGGUACAAAAAGAAAUCCCGAUUUGUUAAAAUUAGAUGACUCUGAGCCCUCAUUGCCACUUCUAAGCAGAAGAAUCUCCUUUCUGAGUCCUUUGGCCUGAAAUACCUCCCCCCAUCCCUGGAUGCUUACGCCUCCUCUUCCUGAAGUGUCGCUCCGGGUCAGAAAUCUGGAAGUCAUUCUAAGUUCUUCCUCCUUCUCUUCAGAUCUACUCAACACUAAGUCCCUGGAGAAAUUAGGUACCCCGCCCGGGCCAUACAGCAUCUUGUGGGUGGGCUUUAGAGGCCAAAGCCCCAUGUUUAGCGAGUUUGUUCUAAAGCACACCUUUGUCAUGCAGGGUCACACUUACUGGGGCCACAAGGUGGGCACCCCGUGGACAGUACGGAUAGAAUGAAGCUGUCCACAGGCCCUUCCCCUCCCCAAGCACCUUCUCUCAGCAUCAUUCUUGUCGCUCAGCCACCAAGUGGCAAACACAGGAUUCACUUCCUCUGUGAGUUUUUAUGUCAAACUGUUAUGUCUUAUUUUGUUUUUUCAAAAUUGUAUUAAUAAAAUGUUGAAACCAG